AUGUUCCUACAACUCCUCCACCUGGCACAGGCCGUUCUGGCAGGCUAUGGCGCACAGCAGUCCUACAUUGCCAUCACCAACCUUCAAAAAUACGAGGACACGAGCAAGAAGCUAGCCAAAUACUCCAACGAGGCCGAGCGUCAACUACACACGACGCGCACCACUCAAGCCUCGGGAGCCCUGGCCAUUGCGGCCUCACUGCUGGCGGCGCUAUACCUCUUGUUCAAGGGCGGCUCGGGCGGCGCCCUGUUCCGGCUGAUUGCCAGCCCCGUCGUCGGCGUGGCGAUUUUCCUGGCCCGCAACCACGUCCAGGGCUUCUGGGCCGGAGGCAAGCGCGUGCCCCUGCCCAAGAUGGAGGACUACAAUGAGGCGCAGCGCCGCACCGAUGAGCUCCUCAAGGUCCUGGAUUGGUUGGUGCUCAGCUGGGCGGCUACGAGUUUGGUGGCCGUAUUCAAGGGUUAUUAA